UCAUAAGAGCAACAACAAAACACACUUUAGGAAAAUAUGAGGUUCCAAAUGGCCUCCAUUACUCUUACUAUUGCAUUCACGAUAAUCUCUCUUAGCCUGCCAUCCCAAAUUUCAGCAAACAAUUACGUCUAUUCAUCUCCACCACCACCAUCUAAGCCAUACAAAUACGCUUCCCCACCACCACCAGUUUACAAGUAUAAAUCACCACCCCCACCUGUCUACUCACCACCUCCACCUGUCUACUCACCACCACCACCAGUUUACAAGUACAAGUCACCCCCUCCACCUGUCUACUCACCACCUCCACCAGUUUACAAGUACAAGUCCCCACCUCCACCCGUUUACUCACCACCUCCACCAGUUUACAAGUACAAAUCACCCCCUCCACCUGUUUACUCACCACCUCCACCUGUUUACAAGUAUAAGUCACCACCUCCACCUGUCUACUCACCACCACCACCAGUUUACAAGUACAAGUCACCCCCUCCACCUGUCUACUCACCACCUCCACCAGUUUACAAGUACAAGUCCCCACCUCCACCCGUCUACUCACCACCACCACCAGUUUACAAGUACAAGUCCCCUCCUCCACCCGUCUACUCACCACCUCCACCAGUUUACAAGUACAAGUCCCCACCUCCACCCGUCUACUCACCACCACCACCAGUUUACAAGUACAAGUCACCUCCUCCACCCGUCUACUCACCACCUCCACCCGUUUACAAAUACAAGUCCCCACCUCCACCCGUCUACUCACCACCUCCCCCGGUUUAUAAGUACAAGUCACCACCUCCUCCCGUCUAUUCACCACCUCCACCAGUUUACAAGUAUAAGUCUCCUCCUCCUCCUGCAUACUCACCACCUCCACCACAUUAUAUCUACUCUUCACCACCUCCUCCUUACCACCACUAAAUGGUGGUUUACGAUAGUAUCCCACGGGUUUGAGGAAUAUAAUUGAAAUAAAGAGAAGACAGUGCAAAGCAGGAAAGAUGUCACUCUGAUUCAGAAAAUGUCACUCUAUUAUUUUUCAUUUGUUUGUUUUAUGAGAUUAUAUUCUCAUUAUUGUGCUUGAUGUUUGAAUUUAUACUGUUGUAAAGCACUCUGUGUAAUAUUAUUCAAAUAAAUAGAGAACGAUUCUGAAAUUUGUCAUAUUGUAAAGAAUUGGAUAUACCUAAUAUUUGAAUGCAUUUUCGAUCC